ACGGAACCGGAGGACUGGAAUCUACAGGCUCUGUGCAGGCGCCGGCCCGGAAGCGAGAGACGGGGGUCUGUCAGGGAGGCCUGUGGCCCCGGGGCCGCUCAGCCUCUCGGCGUUAAUGCUAGGAUCGGCCGCUGUGGGGUUCGUCAUGGCGCUGGCCCCACGGCUCUGGCGCCUUCUCCCUCUGCGACGCGGAGCCGCCCCCGACGCCUGGAGCCUGAAGACUCGGGGCAGCCACGAACACCGCGGCACCCGGCCGUUCCGCGGCUGCGAGGUGAUAGGAAACUCAAGAACCAUCAAGAGAGGACUUUUAUUCUCAGCUUUGUCUUAUUUGAGUUUUGAAACCUAUCAAGCCAUUUGUCAGGCUGCUGUGGUUCAUGCCAUAGACAAAGUUGAAGAAGUACUUGAGCAAGCAGACUACUUGUAUGAAAGUGGAGAAACAGAAAAGCUCUAUCAGUUGCUAAUCCAGUACAAGGAAAGUGAAGAUGCAGAGUUACUGUGGAGGUUGGCCCGUGCAUCUCGUGGCAUAGCUCAGCUUAGUACAACUUCAGAAGAGGAAAAAAAAGUUUUGGUGUAUGAAGCCCUAGAGUAUGCCAAAAGAGCAUUAGAGAAAAAUGAAUCAAGUUUUGCUGUUCAUAAGUGGUAUGCAAUCUGCAUUAGUGAUGUUGGAGACUACGAAGGCAUCGAAGUUAAGAUCGCAAAUGCCUACAUUAUCAAGGAGCACUUUGAGAAAGCAAUUGAACUGAACCCUAAAGAUGCUACUUCAAUUCACCUUAUGGGUAUUUGGUGUUAUACAUUUGCUGAAAUGCCUUGGUAUCAAAGAAGAAUUGCAAAACUGCUGUUUGCAAAUCCUCCUAGUUCCACCUAUCAGGAGGCCUUGAAAUACUUUCACAGGGCUGAACAAGGUAAAAGUUUGCCCAAAUCUACUUUAGAAGCUCCUCCUGUGUUAGCGACUUCUACAUCUCCCACUUCAGCCUUCUUACUCCAUACUCACAACAUUUGUGUGUGUGUUCAAGGCUGUAAAUAUGGUGGAUCCAAACUUCUACAGCAAAAAUUUGCUACUUUUAGGAAAAACAUACUUGAAGCUAAACAACAAAAAGCUUGCUGCUUUCUGGCUAAUAAAAGCCAAGGAUCAUCCAGCACACACAGAGGAAGAUAAACAGGUAAAACAUCUCUAGUAAGAUACAGACAGAAGCUGCUCAUUUGCUUACAGGUUUGUGACAAGAACUGAGAACUUUUCAGAGAAGAAAACAACUUACCUAAUUCCUUGCCUUUUCAUUGAAAUAUAAAGAUGAUACAUUAACCAUAAUAGUUCUAUCACUUUUUUUCCACCUCAGUACUUUUUUUUUUUUGUCUUUGAGACAGGGUCUCCUUGUAGCCCCAGCUGUCCUG